UCGCUGUAGAUCACACCGUUGUGAUCGAUUGUUGUAGCAAGCCGAAGAAAGUCGGUAUUAGAGAUUCGCACUUGGAGAGGCCUAGCCUGGGUGUCCUGUGCUUCGCAAGUCUCAAGAACCUCACUAGAGUGCCCAGUGGUUCCACUUGCCUUCUGCUGGCUGAAAACAAAUAAGCGAUCGUGCGUGUGUCUGUGUGCCGGAGGGUGGACUAAAAGAUAAGACGCGGUGACAAACAAGUGGAGUUACUUAGCCGCCGGGGCCGGGGGUGCCGUGCAUCUUAAGGCCGAAGAUAAAUGAGAUAGCAGGGGGGACGAAGGAAGGAAGCGGAAGGUCCUCCCAGAGAGAAGCCGGAGGCGAGCAAAAUAGGAAAAUAAAUGACUUAAGAAGGGUGGAAAAGAAACGUGAGACGCGAACGACGCGAGAUGCUAAUCAACAAAGAAACCAUUCCGUACAGGAUGGGCCUGCAGCCCUUCUACUACUACCAGUCGUCGCCGCCGGUGAGCAAUGAGCGCCUGGUAGGGUACCACCACCCGAUCACGCCACCGUACCACGCCCCGUACGACUUCGUCCUGCCGAUGCAGUCCCCGACGACGCCGACCGGCUCCGUAGCCGCGGCGGCCGUUGCAGCCGUCGCAUCCGCGGCCGGAGUUCCGCUGCCGCCGGGUGCCACUCGCCCAGCAUCACCUUCGCCAUCGGCCACCUCUUCGCCGCUGUACUUUUACCUCAACGGAGCCGCCAACGGCACAACCCACGGUGGUGGUGGCCACGAUGGAAAGGAAGACAUUAGCUCGGUGCCAAUGUCACCACCGCAUACGCCGCCACUCCAGGAACCGGCCGGCGAGCCAUCGUUCGGUGCCACCGCACGGAACUCGGUCAUCAUGAAGGUCCACAAUCAGCAGGUGGUGCCGAUGCGCGGCGGUGACGACGCUGACACCGAACCGGAAACGGUGGAAGAAUUCAUCUGUCGCUGGGAGAACUGUUACUGUGUAUUCUUCAAGCUGGAAGAUCUGGCCAGUCACGUAACGCAGAAGCAUGCCGUCAUCGGGCUGGAUAGUUUGUACUACUGCCGCUGGGAGCGCUGUACGCGCCAGGACCGGGGUUUCAACGCGCGCUACAAGAUGCUGGUCCACGUGCGCACCCACACCAAGGAGAAGCCGCACCAGUGCGGCAAGUGCGGAAAGUGUUUCUCGCGGGCCGAGAACCUGAAGAUCCAUCUCCGUUCGCACUCGGGCGAAAAGCCCUACGUUUGCCCCGUCGAGGGCUGCAGCAAGGCCUACUCGAACUCGUCGGAUCGCUUCAAGCACACGAGGACGCACUCGAACGACAAGCCGUACGUGUGCAAGGUGGCGGGCUGCAACAAGCGCUACACCGAUCCGUCCUCGCUCCGGAAGCACGUCAAAACGUUCAAACACUCGGGCUCGGUCCGGGCGCACCUGCUGCCGGACGUGUGCCUCGAGUUUGAGAGCUUCUCGCAGGACAGCACCAAGUCGUCCGGGCACCCGGCCACCGCCUCCGCCAGUCCGGCCUACUCCGACUCGGACACCGACCCCGGGCUGCUGAUCGAUGUGGUCAACCUGGAGGGCGGUGGCACCGGUGGCGAGCAGCGAAUCCUGUACGGUGGCGAUUACCCACCACGCUGCCACCGUCCGUCCGGUUCCACCGGACGUCCGUGCGCGUAUCCGGAUUGUAUGGCACGGAAGGAGUCCCGCGUCUACCGGGACGCAUCCUACUGGAUCGUGGACUCACUGUCCCGCGACACCUACGGGCGGGUCAGUGACCUGCGGAACGACGCGGACGGUGAUUCACUCGGCAGCGAGUUCGAGGCGGAAGUUCGUCCGGCAGCAAGCCCACCGCCACCGGUGGUGCUUCCGAAGACACUGGAAGACGACGAAUUGUGCCGUGCCAUACGGCAGCUCAAUGGGCAGUCCCGGAAGUCCCGCGGAAGUCUCCGGAUGGACGUCGACGUCGGUCCGCUCGAUCUCAGUAUACAUCACCGCUGA